AUGCUUUCCCAUAGCAAGUUUCCAACAUGGCUUGCUUGGAUGUAUUGCGUGACGAAUGUCCCUUGGCAAGUCGGCUCUUUCAAGCUUUCGAGCAUCCCUCUCAACACGACCGGUCCCGAUGCUGGCAACAUGUCGGAAGGGGACCAGAACGUGAGCGAACUUCUUGCCAAGACCGUCGUCGGUGAAAUGAAGGACUUCGGCUACAUGCCCGAUCCGAAAGACAAGGGCGAGAUGGGUGGCGCCAUCGGCGAGCUAGGCAAGAGCUUGGAGUUCUUGAUGCUCAAGGUCGCCCAACUUGAGACCCUGGCGGAGUUGCAGCAGACGGAGCUCGGAAUGGCGCAGAAGGAGCUCGGCGAGCAGCGCACUCUGAUUGAGAAGCUCCAGAAGAAAGUGGAUCCCGAUGAAGCAGAAGUCCAAAUGGCACAGAAGCAGAAGAGUUCCGAGGAGAGAGUGCAGGAAGCACACGACGUCUUGAAGAGGGUGGUCCAGAAGCAUGCUCACCAGCGGGAGCACCGGGAGUACGAUCCGGAGACCCACAAGAAGCCGAAGCAGGCAGUGCACGCAGAUGAGGAGGAGGAGCUGGAGGAAGAGGAGGUUUCAGAAGGCGUCAGCCCCGGACAGUGGCCGAGAUCCCUGCUCCAAAAGCGCGAAGGCCGCGAAGGCUUGAUUCCAUUUAUUCCUACUCCUGGCCUGAGGCGACGAAUCGAGAAAAAGAUCGAGGAGGGAGCCAAGUAUCUCCACAAGGGAGUCGACGAAGCCGUGAAAGCCGUGGACGGCACCGGACUCACCGGGGGCGCCUUGACCGAAGCUUACAACGCAGCCAAAGAUGCAGGGAAUGCCGCGGAGUUCGUGGCGAACACCGCAAUCUCCACAGUGGAGAUGGCCGUGUCGAUCCUGACUGCAGGCUUCGACGAUUGGGGUGCGACCUGCAACAACGCUGCUCCCAGCCUUGGCAUGAAUGGAAGAACGUUCGAAAUCAACUUCGGACGCCAGCGCUGCAAGGUCUCCCUCAUGAAUCAGGAGAUGACUCUUUACGACUUCAACUGGGGCAAGAAGACGGUAAACCUGCCCGCGCUGCCCGAGAAGGUGCAGAAGGUUGCCGAUGGCAACGUGAAAGAUCUUCUACCCAACCCUUUGAAAAUAGUUGCCGAUGGCAAUAUCCAGAAUCUUCUGCCCAACCCGUUGAAAAACAUUGCCAGUGGUGACAUCAUGGGUCUCUUACCCGGACAGCUGAAAAAGAUUACCGAUGGCAACAUCAUGGGUCUCUUACCCGGAAAGCUGAAUAAGAUUGCCGAUGGCAACAUCAUGGGUCUCCUGCCUAACCCGUUGAAGACAAUUGCCGAUGGCAACAUCCUGCAGCUCAUACCUGCAAUGGAAGUUCUUUCAGGUGGAAAGACGAAUUCCCUACAAAACAUGCUAACCCUGGGCGACGCACUCUUGGAUUGCUCCGGCUCAGAGGAAAGUGAACUGGUGAAGUGCCUCGGCAUCAAGAUCAUCUCAAACAGUCCUCCCCUGAACUUCUUGAACCGCCUGGGGGACAUCUUCGAAGAGUUCGUCGGGUCUUUUUCCAAGGUGGCCGCGGCCCUAAGCAGCCAAGCCAUGAAGAAUGGGCAGUCGCUGCUGCAGGCGGCCGCCACAAGUGAAUUCCCAAAAGCUGGUGCUCCGGCUGUGGUGCACCAUCAAACGCCCAACUUCAUCAUCAGCAAGCAUUCGCAGCGGGCCGCGAGAAACGCUGUUCUCCUACAGCGGGACGAUGAUGACGACGAUCCUCAGGCGGCGGUGAGUUGGAGCUUCAGCGACUACGGACCGGAAAUCCGCACCUUGGUCACUCAGUUCGAUGGCAAGGAGACCUCCACAGGCUCCUGCCUGGCCUUUGCGCCCAGGAACAAGACGGGGAGCAACAACCAGGCGACCAAGGAGGAUUGGCAGGCUGCGAGCGAGGACGACUUUGUGAAGCUGGAGCCUUGGGCGGUUCCCUGCAGCAACAAGUGGAUGAAGGACAACUGGGACAAGUGGCAAGGCUAUUCGUUCUACACGUCGGACAUGCAGAUUGAGAAGUGCGUCACGGUGACCUUCCAGUUGAACAUGCAGCCUGUGAUCGCGUUCGUGGGCGGCAUCCAGUUCGACUUGCUACCGGGGCCGCUGGCGGAAGUGAACACCCAAGUCUGCUGGCCACAGACUCAGCCGGGUGGCCUGGACUUGAGCGUCCUGCGCUCCGAGAUCAAGUCCAACGGCAUCCUCCUCUUCAGCCGGACGCUGCGCCUCUCCAAGCGCUUCGGCGAGGCAAACGGCGAGAGCUCAGACGGCAUGGCCUCCAUCAAGCGAUCCUCUCUCCUGGAAAGCAACCGCAGCCUCCGCCGUGAAGGGGAGAAGGUGCAGGAAUCCUUGUACUGGAAGACGGAGGAGGACGACCUGUACGUGGCCUCCGUGGAGUACGGCCAGGACCUGGGCGUGAACACCACCUCCAAGUCGCAGGGAAGGGCGGCAGAGGAGGUGAUCCGCCGAAGCGAGGAGG